CACUCGCGAAUCCUCACCUUCCCAACCCUUCUACCACCGCCACGAUCCAACGUUCCCAAGUUUCCAUCACAGACGCACCACCCUCUCAUUCCUCUCUCCAACAAAGAUGGCCACCACCGACCAGGGUGCUCCUCCCAAAGACCCCAAGGAAGCCAAAGACGAGGCCCAGGCCGCCCACUACGCCCUCCUCAACGAGCUCGACAUCCACGCCAUCCACAAGAACUUCCGCUCCCCGACCUGGAAGCCCAACCAGCGCCGCAACAAGAACAUCAAGACCAUCCUAGGCGACGCCUCGCGCAAGGAAGCCUCCGCCUCCUCCAUUGCCGCCACCCCGCUGGAGAACGGCUCCGGCACCGCGACGCCCACGGGCGUCGGCCAGCACGACGACGGCCUCUCGACCAGCGGCACCAGCACCCCGGCCAACGGCGACAUCGCCUCCUCGGCCUCACCCUCUGUCGCCGCCGCGGCCGGCGCCAACGGCCAGCCCAACCUCGCCCAGGCCUCCCGCAGCCUGUCGAAGCUCGUGCUCGAGAAGUCGCUGCGCGCGGGCCAGACGCCCGGCGGGCUCGCCGCGGGAGGCGCCGGCGGGCCCUCGGCCACCUACACCAAUAUCGAGAGCGCCCCGAGCCUGGCGCCGCAGAGGCGGUACUGUGAUAUCACGGGCCUCAAGGGGAACUACUCUGACCCCAAGACACGCCUGCGCUAUCACAAUGCUGAGGUGUUUGGCCUGAUUCGGGGCUUGCCGCAGGGGUACGCAGAGCAGUACCUCGAAGCGAGAGGGGCACAUACAGUUCUGAAGUGAGCAGGGAGUGGGAAAGUCUUCCUGCUUACUGUUGCAAAGGGGGUGGGCUCAUGGUUUUUUCUUCUUCUUUUCUUUUCUGUUCUUUUUCGGUUCAAUAUGGCUGCGGUGCCAGCUACAGAGGGAGGGAAUUCGCAUGGCGUUUUGGGAUCUUGGUUCUCUUCUACUAGGGACAGCACUGCAACACGUGCAUGAGGCGGGCUGGGGAAAAGCUGGGUCAUGGAAGUAUCUUUAAUAUACCUGGGACGUCGUUUUGUGGGGUGAAGGGCUGAGAUGAGAGCACGCAUUCAUUUGAGCCCGACCAGAAAACCUUAUGGAUAGAAAGAGGAAGAUAUAUGAUAUGUGUGACCAACAAAGUCAAACCCC